AUGUUAUCCAACAUUCCAGUAAAGUACCACAAUUGUAACAUUCAAGGAUUUAGUUCCAUUAAGCAAACAGAAUUUAAGGUGUUAAUUCAACAUCCAGUUCCUCAAGAUUUCGAGGAUGAUAUUGAGGAGCUAAUAAUCAAAUCUGAUUUCGGUCGUGAUCAGAAUACAUCUAUGAGAAUGGACUACGACAUCGAAACCAAAGAAAACGUCGAAGUAAUUGAAUUAAAAUAUGACUUAGACCAAUGGGAGGUCGUUGAAUAUAAAAUGAAGAACUCACAGUAUUUCGUUGGCAAAAACAUGGAUAAGAUGAGUAGCACACUUGAAUAUAAAAUAUUAUUUUUAAGGAAAGUGCAUGGAAAGUCGGUAAAGUUCCAUUGGAUAUUGUAUCUGAAUCUCGUAUUCUACAGCACUUAG